AUGGUUUAUUUGACCAUAUUUGUUAAUCACACUCCAAAUAAAUCACAAUUUAGUAAAAAUAAUUUAAAGCCAGUCAAUUCAGAGAUCUGUAAAGAUAUAAAGGGAAGAGAAGCAUGGUUGGGAAGUGUAGGUCGGUGGUUAAGGCUUCUUUUUAACUUUCACGGGCAAAAAUAUAUUCCUCUUCGCCUUUGUCUUAGCAUAAGCCUAAUUUUCUGCCCAAAAAUUACAAAAGGGCCAGAGAUUGACUGCAUUACUGAUGAGAGAUACAGUUUAUGCACCACUGUUAGGCAAUCUGAUUUGAUUGACAAACUUAACAGAUGUAAAAAGGCAUGUAAGAUGGGAAAUUUAGAUUCAUAUAAAUCUCAAUUCCUUUUAUGUUCUGUACUAAAGUCGUGCAAACAAGUAAACCAAAAUCGAAUGGUGGAUCGAAAUGAUUCAGAAUUAUUUCUGAAAUUAAGGUCUACUCUUGAAAAGCACACAUCUCACCUGUUAGGUUAUGCACAAAUUUUUGAGAACAUUAUCCCACUUAGAUGA